AUGGACGCACUCAAGCCGUCUGGGCGUAUUGGAAUAUUAAUAGUGAAUAUUGAUAUUAUCUUUCUCAUUUUUCAGCCUCAGCAUCACAAUGAAAGGAAUGACAGCAAAGAGCAAAAAGGGAACCUUGCACACUCGACCCUGGCACUGGUGGAUGGGCAGCCAGAGGACGGAGACCCUUGGGAUCUGCCCGAGCUGAAAGACACGGGCGUGCCAUGGUCGGCUUUGGACACCAACGGGAAGGUGCUGAGGGUGUCGGUGUCCGUGGCGAAACUGGUCGCGCUGCUGGGCCUCCUCUACAUGUUCAUCUGCUCCCUCGACAUCCUCAGCUCGGCCUUCCAGCUCGUCGGAGGCAAAGCGGCAGGCGACAUUUUCCAAGACAGCGCCGUCCUGUCCAACCCUCUGGCCGGUCUGGUCAUUGGCGUCCUGGUCACCUUGCUGGUUCAGAGUUCGUCCACGUCGUCCUCCAUUGUCGUCAGCAUGGUUUCCUCUGGAUUGCUAACAGUCCAACUGGCUGUUCCCAUCAUCAUGGGGACCAACAUCGGCACCUCCGUCACCAACACGCUGGUUGCCAUGACGCAGGCUGGGGACCGCAGUGUCUUUCGCAGGGCGUUUGCAGGGGCCACAGUGCACGACUUCUUCAACUGGCUGUCGGUUCUGGUGCUGCUGCCUCUGGAGGUCGCCACCGGCUACUUGUACGAGGUCACCAAGCUCAUCAUCGACUCCUUCCAGAUCCAGAGCGGAGAGGCCCCCGACCUGUUGAACGUAAUCACCGACGUCCUCACGGAUUCCAUUAUAAAGUUGGACAAGUCCGUCUUAAGCGAAAUAGCCACCGGAGAUCCAGCAGCUCGGAACAAAAGUCUCAUCAAGAAGUGGUGUGAAACUUAUAGCAACGUGAGCACAGUAAAUGUCACCGUUCCCGGUCCAGAGAACUGCACCUCUCCUUCAAUGUGCUGGCUCGACGGCAACUACACCUUCACGCUGAAGAACAUUUCGCAGACGUACAACAUCGCCAAAUGCGAUCACCUCUUCGUCGACGUGAACCUGUCCGACCUGGCGGUGGGUCUGAUCCUUCUGGCUCUUUCUCUGCUGGUGUUGUGCUCCUGCCUGCUGCUUAUUGUCAAGCUGCUCAACUCCAUGCUCAAGGGUCAAGUGGCCAUGAUCAUCAAGAAAAUACUCAACACUGAUUUCCCAUUCCCCUUUGGAUGGAUCACAGGGUACAUUGCCAUUUUAGUCGGAGCCGGAAUGACGUUCAUCGUGCAGAGCAGCUCUGUCUUUACCUCCGCUAUCACUCCACUUGUUGGUAUUGGCGUCAUCAGCAUACAGAGAGCAUAUCCAUUGUCUCUUGGUUCCAACAUUGGCACCACCACCACCGCCAUCUUGGCAGCCAUGGCCAGUCCGGGAGACACAUUGGGUAACGCACUGCAGAUUGCCCUCGUACACUUCCUGUUCAACAUCUCUGGCAUUAUUCUGUGGUAUCCGAUUCCAUUCACCCGAUUCCCCAUCCGACUGGCCAAAGGCUUGGGAAACAUCACGGCCUCCUACCGCUGGUUUGCUGCAGUCUACAUCAUCUCCUGCUUCUUCCUUCUACCGCUCCUCGUCUUUAGUCUGUCGCUGGCCGGAUGGCAGGUCCUGGUGGGCGUGGCGUGCCCACUCGUGGUCCUUCUCGUCGUCGUCGUGGUCAUCAACGUGCUGCGGAAGAGGAAGCCCGGGUGUCUGCCGGCAGCGUUGCGGUCUUGGGACUUCCUCCCGCUUUGGGCUCACUCUCUGGAACCCUGGGACAAAGUGGUGGGUGUGUUCACUGCCAAGUGUUGCUGCUGCUGCAAAUGCUGCAACGCCGUUGGAGAUCAAGGGUGCGACAACAAGACACAAGCGUACGACAACCCUGCAAUGUGCGCAGAGAAAGAGGUGGAAAAUGAGAUCAGGAUCGAGUUAAACAGUCUGAAAAUCACCAAACUUUGAGUUUUCCUUGCAUGUUGAAUGCAACAAGGCACAUUAUUGCACAACAUUAACAUAUUAUUUAUGUCUUCGCUUGUAAUGUAAUGUAAUGUAAACUGGACAGUGGCGUAACUUUGAGCUGACUCUAGCGAAUGCCUGACAAUAAUAUACAUUAAAUCUACAGUACAAAUGAUAUUACCAUAUCUGUGUGCAGCUUUAACUCCCACUUUCUUUCCAUUUCUAACUAUAGUCAGUGUUUCUACAUUUCCGUCAUCGUUUGUAUUUUGUAAAUUUGUUCACUGUAAAAAACAAACAAAAACAAAAAAACACACUG